AUGGGAGAAGACAUUACCGGCGUCGGGGGGGACGGAGGACGCUGCGGGGGCGGAGGCGGCUGUGGUGGCCCUCCACUGGUCGAACUUCGAGAGGAGCGAGUGCUCGAGCGGCCUCUCGGUGGAAUCUCCUCAUACUUGACUGGACUUGGCGACAGUUUGGGGAAGGCGGGAGGUAGGGGAGAUAGGGCAAGAGUGCCGCGAGGCAGAUCAAGAUGCAAGGGUGCUUCGAGGGCCGAGCGGAUGUUGUGCUCGGCGGAUCGCCUUGUAGCGCAGGUAAUCUUCUGCGAUCGAUCGGGGUGUCCGGUUGGGGCACGGCUGCUGCUCACAGCGGUAGAUGACAGUCUCAGGGCCGUCUGGGAUGUAGACGUCGAUGAGGUCCUGCGAGUCGAAUGCGUGAACUUGGCCCUGGCAGGCAGCCACGUUGGAUGGGGGGAGGACGGGAAGGAACCUAGUCCACAUGUCCAUAAGGACAAACACCGCCCACUGAAGUGCAGGGGUGCGCACCACCCGACCUGUGGGAAAGGAAGGUGA